AUGGUACCUCAAUCAGGUGUUUUUCAUAAUCAGGGAGAAGUUUGUAAGUUGAAGAAAGCUUUAUAUGGUUUGAAACAAGCUCCGCGAGCUUGGUUUGAAAAGUUCUCAACUGUGAUUUCAUCUCUUGGAUUUCGCUCUAGUGAUUAUGAUUCUGCUUUAUUUGUCAGGACAACUUCUCAUGGACGUAUCAUACUAUCUUUAUAUGUUGAUGAUAUGAUUAUUACAGGUGAUGAUGUUGAUGGAAUUGAUGAGGUAAAAUUACAGUUAGCUAAAAAAUUUGAGAUGAAGGAUUUGGGCCCUCUUCGAUAUUUUUUGGGGAUUGAAGUUGCCUACUCUCGUAAAGGUUAUCUUCUAUCUCAAAGCAAGUACAUUUCCAACAUUCUAGAACAAGCUCGCCUCUCUGAUAAUCGAGCAAUAGAUAGUCCGCUUGAGCUGAAUGUGAAAUAUGCUCCCUCUGAUGGGGUUCCUCUAGCAGACCCCACUUUAUAUCGUACUUUGGUUGGAAGCUUGGUGUAUCUUACUAUUACUAGACCUGAUAUUGCUUAUGCAGUGCAUGUUGUUAGUCAGUUUGUUGUUUCUCCCACUACAGUACAUUGGGCAGCCGUGCUUCGUAUUUUGCGUUAUCUUCGGGGAACUCAGUUUCAGAGCCUUUUAUUCCCCUCGUCUUCUUCCUUGGAGUUAUGUGCUUACUCUGAUGCUGAUUGGGCUGGUGAUCCUAUUGACCGCAAAUCUACCACAGGGUUUUGUAUUUUUCUUGGAGAGUCUCUCAUCUCUUGGAAGAGUAAAAAACAGGACAUUGUCUCCCGCUCUUCUACAGAAGCUGAGUAUCGUGCUAUGGCAUCCACCACCACUGAAAUAGUUUGGUUGCGUUGGCUACUUUCUGAUAUGGGUAUCUCUCUUUCUCAACCAACUCCUAUGUAUUGUGAUAACAAGAGUGCAAUUCAAAUUGCCCACAACUCGGUCUUCCAUGAACGUACCAAACAUAUUGAGAUUGAUUGUCACUUCACACGUCACCAUCUUCAGCAUGGCACCAUUACUUUGCCGUUUAUUUCUUCUUCCUUGCAGAUUGCUGAUUUGUUCACGAAAACACAUUCUAUUAAACGUUUUCGUUUCUUGAUUGACAAACUCUCGAUGCUCUCUGUUAAUGCAUCGUGAGUUUGAGGGGAGAUAUUAGAUAAUAAUUAUAUUAUUAUUAUAUAGGGUAGUUUAGUCUUUUCUAAUUUCUAGUUUAUAUACUCUAUUGUACUAUUGUUUCAUUAAGCUUUGCUCAUAUGAUUGAAACCCUAACCUAAAGGGUGUUCUCUUCUCCUUUGUUAUUCUUCUUCUCUAUA